UUCUCGUUACAUUAUCUUAUGGUCUCAGAAAAUAAAACUAUAAGACUUAACAUGGAUGGAAAGUAUUACAGGUUGUAUGUAUUGAUAUAUGAAGCGACAUAAUUAAAAUGAUAGGUUCUUUCUUCCUUGGCCUAGGAACACUGGAGACUGAGAGGCAGACGUGCUGACCAAGGUGUUGAAAGAAGCUGUCAGUUUGUCAGUUGCGGCAGCGAGUCCGGAGCGUGGCUAGUGGAGUUAUAGUACGUGUCCGUGCAAUUUAGGCUCUUUAUUGGCGCUGUUGCUGACGCUCAGGAUCGUUGGUAAAGGAACUGAAAUCCUGUCAGCAGUAAACCUACCUUGCGUUUAAGAUGGCAUUUCGCUUCACGGAAAGUGAGCUUAUGAACGAACCACUACAUACUUCAAGAGAUAAGUGUGUCUAUUAUAAUAAAACUACCAACAAGAUUUUCACUUCUGCAUAUGAAGGAAUACCAGAAAACCUGCUUCUUAACUUCUUGGGAUGGAUGAUUUUUAUGAUCUUAUUUGCAGUUCUGAGAAAGCGAGCUUGGAAUUAUGGUAGGAUUGCUCUUGUUCAGAAAACAGAAGAAAAGUGGACACAGCUGUUCUAUGGAACAAUGGAUGAAGUGGUGGGAGCUUCAGAAGUGGAAUCUAUCACUUCCCUGGAUUCCAGUAUUCACAUUGAUAAGGGCUACUGCUCUUGGCUGACAGCCAUAUUUAAAAUAAAGGAUGAGAACAUCCUGAUGAAGUGUGGACCUGAUGCAGUGCAGUACCUCUCAUUCCAGCGCCACAUCAUUGUCUAUAUGCUCAUCAUGAUGAUCAUUUCCCUUACUGUUGUGUUACCCAUCAACUUUCAAGGUGAUUUGGAAGGAGAUGAAAGGACAUUCGGUCACACAACACUUAGCAAUCUUGAUCCUAGCUCUUCAUACCUCUGGACGCACGUGACAUUGGCAAUCUUGUACUUGCCUCUGGGAAUCAUCAUUAUGCGUAGGUUCUCUGUAACCAUCAAGUUUGAUGAAAGAGAUACGAGUGUCUCUAGAACUUUGAUGAUUACACAUAUUCCGAGUAAGGACUGUGAUUCAGCCAAUUUACAUCGACAUUUCCGUGAAGCAUACCCAGAGAUGGAGAUUCAGGAUAUCCAGUUGGCAUAUAAUAUCUCAAGAGUGAGUGUGUUGGAUAAGGAAAGGGAGAAGGUGUAUCAGGCCAAGCUGUACUGUGAAAGUUAUGUGAAAAACACGGGCAUGAGACUGGACAUGCGACCAUAUGCAUGUGGAAAUAUCUGUGGCGUUUGUGAUGUGUUUGGUUGCCCCACUGUUGAUGCUAUCGAGUACUACACAGAGGAAGAGGCUCGUCUUCGGAACCAGGUUGACCAGGAGCGUGCAUCUGCCCUGAAAAAGCCCCUUGGAAUUGCAUUCAUCACACUGACAUCUGUGGAGGCUGCUAGCAAGAUAUAUGAAGAUCACAAACCUUCUUACAAAUGUUCGAACAACCCGCCCACUUCUAGUGUCAGCUGCCACCUGAAGCCACACAAUUGGCAUGUCCAGUUUGCCCCAUCUCCCAAAGAUAUUUACUGGGAGAACCUCUCAGUCUCAUCGAACUACUGGUACAUCAAGGCUGUACUCGUCAAUUGCUUCCUGUUUUUGGUUCUGUUUUUCCUUACUACUCCUGCUAUUGUAGUUAACUUUCUUGAUACCAUGACAGUGGAAAAUGAGCUUGAGAAGAUGAGCCCUGUGCUGUCAGAGUUCCUGCCAACGCUCCUGCUGUGGACAGUAGCUGCACUUUUACCAGUAUUGGUCUCAUACUCAGACCAGUGGCUGUCACACUGGACACGUUCUGAGCAAAACCAUUCUAUCAUGCGCAAAACAUUCUUUUUCCUGCUCUUUAUGGUUCUCAUACUGCCAUCUUUAGGCCUCACCAGUGCCCAGGCAUUUGUUGAUUGGACAAUCCAUGCUCGCAAUGAAACAUACCGAUGGGAAUGCUUGUUUCUACCUGAUAAAGGAGCAUUCUUUGUGAACUAUGUUAUCACUUCUGCUUUUAUUGGAACUGCACUGGAACUGAUUCGCUUCCCAGAGUUGUUUGUGUACACAGUUAAACUAUGUCUUGCAAGGUCACAGGCAGAGACAGCAAAUGUCCGUAAAACCAUAUUAUGGGAAUUUCCAUUUGGUGUACAGUAUGCCUGGAUGUUGCUCAUCUUUGCAAUGACAACCAUGUACAGUCUCUCCUGUCCCCUCAUCACUCCAUUUGGUCUGUUGUACAUGUUACUGAAACACUUGGUGGAUCGAUACAAUAUCUACUUUGUAUAUGGACCAUCAAAGAUAAGCUCACGUAUCCAUGCAUCAGCAAUCAGCAUUGUGAUAAUCUCCAUCACACUGCAGCAGCUGAGCUUCACAUCGUUAUCAAUUCUCAGACGAGGAUUCAAUGAUAUCUCGAUCUAUUCACUAAUUGGAUUUUGCAUUGCAUUGCUGUUCUUGUCAGCGCAGAUGCUCCUCAACUCGUGCAAAGGCUUUAGUCCAUUCCCUUACGAGAAUUAUCGAUCAUCUCCAAGUUCAUCAAAUCAAACCAGCCCUCGAAGGAGUGGGUCCUUGCAUCAGUUUGUGCCACGUGUGCUUCAACCCCAUCAGGACCGUCACCCUGACAUAGUCAGUGUUCAAAGCCCUGUGGAAGGCCUUUCUGUCCUGCAACGGACAUAUGGUACUCAGGCAGAAGACCAUGGAGAUGUGGUGGAAACAAUGGUUUCCCCAGACAGUGUACUCUCUUUGGAUCCAGGAGUUAUCAACUCACAUGACAAAAUUAUUCUGUACCAGGACUAUGAUGGUUCCAACACUGAAGUAUAAGCUUAAUCUUGUGCAGAAAACAGCAUUUUCUUUCACAUUUGUUGAGACAUACAGUUCUUGCCCUGGGUAAGCUACUACAUGAUACUCACAUUCAGGUAUUUUUUAGUCUUGAGAAGCACCUCUUAUGUUCAUGAACUUUGUCAAAUGUGGUUCCGUCUUCAUGCCAUGAAUCUUACAUAAUCAAAAUAAAUGGAUUUUACUGCUGCUUCUUAAACAUUUUUAGAAGAAUUAUAAAAAUCAGUAUGUUUAUAAAAUUGAUUCUCAGUGCCUUAGAGACUGAGAGAUUUCAUUCUUAAUCCUCUUUAAUUACAAGGGACCUGUAAUCUGGAAUAAGGAAUCUUCAUUCAAGGAAUCAGUUUCAGUCUCUGGUCUACACAUAGGUAAUUAACUUCUAUCAGAGCUUUAACUUUUGGAAUGUGAAGAAUACCAGGUUUCUACAGGGCUGAAAACUCCCCUUGCCAGCCAUUAUUCUAUCAUCCUAACAAUGAAAUAGAAUAAUCAUCUUGCAGGGGUCCCAUUGGGCAAGCACAGGUCACAAAAGCAGUGCCUCAACAAGAACCACUAUUUUAUUUAUGAACAAAUUUCAUUUAACAUCAAGAGAUUGCUUCGUUAAUACAUCGACCCUUUCUAACUGUGAUCAGAGCUUAUUUAAACAGUGUGAAAAUUGUUAUUUAGUUGAUACAGCAACAAUGUUAUUCCUGUCACUUUACUGUUGGUGUAGAUGACAUUUUCUUUAUUCAUAUAUGUGUAUUUGCAAGUUAAUUGUUUAAUGCUUAAAGCUGAAUUUGUAGUCUAGUCGAAUCAGAAUGCUAAUUUUUCCAGUUACGGAAGACAGACGUGAUUUACAUUUAUGUGAAAAUAAGGCACUGUAAUUCAUUACCUAGCAAUGAUUGCAUCAUCAUUCAUUAUGAUGUGGAUUAAGAUGGACUUCUGUUUCAACAGAAUUUGACAAUUGUAAAUUGGUGUAUUUUUUUACCCCGUUAUUUAUUGAAAAUUGUAAUAUCCUUCUGGAAACAGGGAUAUUUAUCCUUUCUUUUUAUUUUUGGAUCUUAAGGAUAUGCUGUUAUGUAUCACUGUUUUACAUAUUUUGGGGCUUCAGAACUAGACCAUUGUUUAGUCAUGUGCAAGUCCUGAAGAUGUUCCUCUUUCCUAAAAACCCUUAGGAAUGCAGGCAGGAAAAUUCUUCUGUUGACAAUUGUAUGUGAUUCUAUUUUCUGUGUUAUGUUAAUUACCAUAUUAUGUUCCAAAUAGUCAGAAGAUGUAUAGGUUAACCUCUACUUAUGAACUUUCAAGAAACAAAAUUUAUUUUUACAAACAUUACAUGGACUAAUAUACAGGGUUAUUCAAAAAGAAUGAACCGAUUUUAUU